AUGUCCCUCGCUUCCACCCCACCUACCCAAACAUCCGCACACGCCCGCCUCCUAUCCACUCUCCUAUCCCUUGUCGAGCCGCUCCCAUCCGCGGCCUUCACACAAAGUAUGAUUAACUACCUUCUCUUCCCCCUUACGCAGAUCCUCCGGUCCGCUCCUUCCGCGCCGCUCCCGGAAGCGUUCCUCGAGUCGGCAUUCCGCUUGAUGGGGUUCAUUGUCUCUCGUUGGAGAGAUGCGGAGGGCGGAAUAGAUAUAGGGGCUUGGGAACAAUUAUGGCGGUUCACGGUGGCUUCUGUCACACCGAAUCGAGGGAAAGGCAAAGGGAAGGAUAUGGGACAAGAGGUCCACCUCGAAGCUAUCUCAUUACUCUCGGCCUUACUCGCUCCUACUUCCGACGAUAACGGUCUCGCAUACCCCACUCGGGCCAUGCGUUCCGGCUUCUCUACCUCCAAAUCGCCCCUUUUGUCCACCCUCUUCCAAACGAUUUCCUACCUCCUCUCCCAGAUCUCCCCUUCGCCUCCACACCGCCCCCUCCAGCUCGCGUCUCUACGUCUUCUCCGCCCGCUCAUCGAGUAUUUGUCCGGCCAGCAUCCCGUACUCGCCAGUCUCCUCCCUGGGACGAUCAGCGGCGUCGCGAAACUCAUCAGCGCCGAAGGACGAAGUAUGCGGGGCGAGGUCGCUGCGGCAUCGGCGGGACUGGUGGAGGAUGUCAUUAGGCUCACGUUGAGCGACGAAGUCUUGUUAGAGCUGGGGGUGUUGAGGGGGAAACUGGACGAUCUAUCGCAGCUGGCAGAAGAGUGGGAGAGGGGAGAAGAGGGAGUGGGGAUAGGGACGGCUGCGCCUCCCCCGCCGUCGCCUGCUCCGUCAGCCUCCACAGUGGGGAGCGGAGGUAGAGGUGAUCCCUUUCCUCCGCUCACGGCGUCUUAUCUGGCCUUCACAGCCGCGCAGCUGGGUCAAGCCAUCCCUCAGGUACUGGCAACACUGGCGGCCCAUCCGUCCGACGUCGCCCGAACAGCCGCCGCCUCCCUCGUAUCUUCCCUCCUGCAAUACACACACGAGUCCCUUCCCGCCCUCACAUCCUCCUCCACCCGUACCCUCCUCUUCCUGUCGGAAGACACAUUCGACCCUGUCCAACACUUCGCUCGAAACCGCCUGCGCACCCUCUCCACCCUCCCCGGGCUCGAUAUACCCCUCGUCGAUAUCCUCAGCGGAGCGAUGUCUGCGCUUCCCCGGCUCAUCACGUCGGGACAGGACGAUAAGGUCAAAUAUGAGUCGACGAUCAUCUCUGCGAUAGCGGAGAUCAUUCAGUCUACCCCGACUCUAAACAAAGGUGUGAAUGCAAUAGCGGACCUCCUUGGUCCGGCAGGAAAAGUGGAGAGGUGGGGAUGGGCUCUGUUGGAUUGUCUGGAGUUCGGAAGGCCGGCGGGGUGGAGUCAGGGCAAUGAGGCGGGGAGGGCGGCGCAGCUCGGUUGGGCCUCCGUCUCUGGCGCGCCGGUGGGUUUACUCGAGGCUGCUUCUGCGGCUGGCACAUCUUCGACCCCGUCCGCGGACGGUAACCCCAUGGCGCUGCCCGACUUUCCGCAUAUGCCAUUCCGGUACCUCGAGUCACCUACCACGGCACGGACCAUCUCACGCAUGCUCGUCCAGAUCGGACGGGCGGGCGGGGAGGGUGCUCUACAUACGGUAGAGUACUUCCUGCUUUUCGCGCGUAAUUACAGGAGGAAUGGCGUAGGACGGGCUGUGCCCGCGCUGUGGUGUGCCCAGAGAUUGCUCGAUGGGGUUGCGGCCGCACAGGUGGAUGGGCCAGAGGGGCGUGUGGGAAGGAAGACGAGGCGGAUGGCCAAGGAGGCGGUGGGGAUUGUUACUGCCUUGGAUGAAGAGGAGGACGGCGAUGAGGGCGAGGGCAAUGAGGGAGGGGUCGGCGCGGGGGAAGGCGGAGAGACGAGUGAUGCCCUGUUGCCUAUUGAAAGAGGGAAGGGUCUUAAUGCUCUAUCGACCUUGAUCGACCGUCCGGCCCCUUCCAACACGUACGCCACCUCCCAAACCCGUCGGCUACAUUCCGCCGCUCAGCGUUCUCUCCUCACGUGCCAAUCCCUCUCCCUCCUCGCUCUCUCCGCUCGGAUCCUCUCUUCCUCCUUCCGGCCCCUCCUCCUUAAUUCGCAGUACACCGUCCUCUCGCACCUAGCCUCCCCGGCCCCUAUCGUCAGAGACCACGCCUCCCUCGCUCUCGCGUAUAUUGCCCUGCACACCGGCUACCCCACACCGCGAGACCUCGUCCUCGAUAACGUCGACUACGUCAUCAACGUCGUUUCCCGCCGCCUUUCCCCAUCGCGCCUGAGCGUCCAAGCGCCUCUCGUACUGAUCGCCAUGAUCCGCCUGGUCGGGUCGGAGAUCGUCCCUCUUGUUCACGACGUAGUGGACGAGAUAUUCGACGCGCUGGACGAUUAUCACGGGUACGAGACCCUCGCGAGCUCGUUGCUUGCCGUCCUGGUGUGUCUUAUCCAGGUCAUGAGUGCCGAUGUGGAAGCAGAGGGCAUGAGUGCGGAGAGAAAGGCAAAGAUUGCAGAGAUGAGGCGGGUGGAUAAGGCGCCGGAACCAGACGCGGACUUUUUGCGGUUCGAGGGGUGGUUGAAGAGCAGAGGGGAGAUGAGGCAGAGGGAGGUGGAGGAGAUUAUUCAGAGGGCGCCGGAGCAGGAUUGGGGAAAGAUCCCGAAAUCUACCAAAACUCCGGACGAAGAAGAGGAAUCGUCCCAGCAACAACAACAACAGGCGGACGACGAGAUCCCCCUCACGCGCGCCCAGGACGUCUGCAAGCAGAUCCUCACCAAAUCCAUCUUUUUCCUCUCGCACCAGAACCCGUUCCUCCGCUCGCGCGUCCUCGCGCUCAUCACCGCCGCGAUCCCCGUCCUCGCCUCGGGAAACCGAGAAGGGGAUCUCCUGCCCCUUAUCGACCGCGGAUGGGGGAUGAUCAUCGCUCGUCUGGGCGAUACCGAGGGGUACGUCGUCACUGCCGCUGCGGAGGUCAUUGCGUCCCUAGCGCAGUAUACGGGCGACUACAUGUCCCGCCGGAUUCUCGACUAUGCUUGGCCCAAAUUCGUCCUUAUCCUCAAGGCGCAGGCGGAGCGGGAUGCGCAUUCGGCCCUUGUGCGUACGGGCGCGGGCGCGGGCGCGGGCAUGGCCUCGAGCCAUACGACGAGCCACCGCCUGCAUAUCGCGAUCUUGAGGGCGAUGAAGUGGGUCGCGGGGGAGGUGCCUGUAGAUGACAAAGUGGUGUGGGGGAUGAUGUGCCUCUUUAGGCCGUUUCUCGAUAAGAGGGCGAAUGGGGAGGUGCAGGACGCAGCGAGGGAGGUGUAUGGCAUGUUGAAGAAGAGGGAUGGGGAUAUGCUGUGGGUGGUGUUGACGAGUAGUAUAGGGGAUGGGCAAGGGGUCUGGGGAUAUCUCAGAGAACCGGGGUUGGAUAUAAAGGACAAUGUAGAUAUUCUGCUAGCUGAGUAG